AUGCUUGGUUUCCUGGGCAUCUCCAGGCAACCUCGGCCGUCGAACGAAGCAUACGAAUUCCUAUCCACAGCGCAAGAGGAUGUAACCACUGAUACCCCACCCUGGGCGUUAGCGCAUGAUCGCGUUUCCAGUGAUGUCGAAACUGCAUUGGAACGUUCGUCCUCAGAAUCAACCGCCACGCCGACUCCCUUCCGUACACCGUCACCGUCUCCCACGUACCCGUCGCACCGUCUGUCCUCGUCCAUCUCUGAAGUAGAUGAUGGUCCAACGUCACCAUUACUACCCAGUCAAGGGGAAGCAUACACUUUCCGAGAUGGAAUUCGUAAUCUGUGGCACCUGAAUCCAAACCCUCGGAGGAUGAGGACGCGCGAACGCAAGAUAUGGAGGACAUUAAAGAAGGGAGCGAGAAGGGUCGUUCGACAUCCACUGUUUCCGAGACAACCGCUCACAAUAAUAUUCGCCCUGCUGUUGUUCACGCUUUUCGCAAUUUCGCUCACUCUUCUUCUCAUGUAUAUACUAAAUCCUGACAAGGAACCCCUACCUUGGCAAGCAUACUGUUCGAUCCCUCCAACCACCACGCUCCCUCCACACUUCCGCCAGACACUACCUUAUCCUUAUAUUAACCCUCUUCCAAAGGAAGUGCCUCCAAGUUUUCCCCCCGACGAUCUAGAUACCCUUCCGCCUGCAGGAGUUUUUCUCGGUGUCUUUUCCACGGAUAUGUCACUGGAACGUCGGAUGCUCAUAAGGACCACAUGGGCUACCCAUCCCCGAAGUCGCAACGGUGCAGGCGCAGGAGAUGACGGGCGUGGCACAUCACGAACAGUUGUGCGUUUUAUUCUAGGGCAGCCUCGCAAGGGGUGGGAAAGACGCAUACAAACAGAGAUGGAAAUGUACAAUGACAUCAUCAUCUUGCCUUGUCCCGAGAAUAUGAAUUCCGGCAAAACUCAUGCCUACUUUACUUGGGCUGCCGAAAAUGCAUGGGUGCCUCCAGCAUACUUCAAUAGCUCAGCAUCAGUGCCCCGAUUUAGUUAUUCCAAUCAAUCCACAUCAUCACCUCGCCCUGCACCCCAUGAUUCUCAUUUCGUUUGGAUUGACCAUGCGUCUGGCCAUCCUCGGCCUUGGGUGCGCCCGGACUAUGUUGCUAAAGUAGAUGACGACGCCUUUGUCAUGUUGGCAGAGCUCGAGUCUCGCAUGAGACUGGAACUGUACGCUACUCGGCAUGAACCGUAUACUCCGGUUAACACCACUACGUCAACGUCUUCCGUUGGCGAACAGCCAGAGCUCAAACCGAGUGGCAGUGUAGUUCGGGAAGAAGGUCCGCACGGCGACUCGGCUCCAAAUUCCUCCCGAGAUCCGCUUGUCUACUGGGGCUAUCUUGUAAAAGAACGCUUCAUGGCAGGUGAAAUGUAUGGUUUGAGUUGGAGACUGGUCGAUUGGGUGUCGACUAGCACCGCCGUCAGGGGCUAUAUCACGGGCGCCGAGGACAAGCAGACUGCGAAAUGGAUGACCAUACAUCCACAAGCGAGUGAAAUCCGCUGGGCAAGUGAACGUUGUUGGAUAUAUGACCACCCUCGUGCCAGCACUGUCUAUUCUCAUGGAUUUUUGUUUCCUUCUCACGUCGAACGGAUCAAACGCUCCGUUUUGUCUUACAUCGAGGCGGCUUCACAGAAUGAUUCUACCUCUCCGAUGCAGGGCAAUAUUUAUGGGCUUGGUAUUCCGACACCAUUAUCAUGGGCGCAGUCGAGCGUUUCCACAUUUGGAGUGACUUAUCAAGCGCCUUUGCAAGAUCUCACCACGGCGGAGAGCGUGGAAGCUCUUGUGGAGGGAAGUGAGAUGUCGAGAAUACGCGAAGGCGCACCUGCAGACGUCGCAUAUGCCUGGCGUCACCGAGAAGGUCGCCUCAGACACUACCAGAAUAGGCGGGUCGGAGGAACAGUCGUCGUGCAUUUCAUCAAGAAACAUAUGUGGUUUUUGGAGACAGCUUUAGCAUUGCUAGAAGCCGACGAUUACUCCGAUUUCGAGCUCGAGAGUCUUCCCACGGCAGACCGAGAGACGUUGAACGUCAGCGCUUCCAGCGUGUGGACAGACAGCACUACGCUCUCUCACGGAAACACACUUUCUCUGUCGUAG